AUGCCUGACUUCAGGAUCUCCGCUUCUUUGGAGGGCCACGGCGAUGAUGUCCGUGCUGUGGCCUUCCCUAAUUCAAAUGCAGUGUUUUCGGCCUCUCGCGAUGCGACUGUUCGGCUCUGGAAGCUUGUAUCUACCCCGCCCCCAACAUACGACUACACUAUCACAUCCCACGGCUCCGGGUUUAUCAACACCAUAGCCUAUUAUCCACCAACCCCUGAAUUCCCCGAGGGCCUCGUUUUUUCCGGAGGUCAGGACACUAUCAUUGAGGCAAGACAGCCUGGUAAGGCGUCGGAUGACAAUGCGGAUGCUAUGCUUCUAGGUCAUGCUCACAAUAUCUGCGCCCUGGAUGUGUCACCCGAAGGGGGCUGGGUCGUCAGCGGUAGUUGGGACUCUACAGCUAAGCUAUGGAGAGUUGGAAAAUGGGAGUGCGAUGCCACCUUUGAAGGCCAUCAGGGGAGUGUGUGGGCAGUGCUGGCGUAUGACAAGGAUACGAUCAUCACCGGCUGUGCGGAUAAAGCUAUCAGGAUCUUCAAUACCUCCGGAACUCUUUUAAAGACUAUCAAGGACUCUCGGGAUGUUGUCAGAGCACUCUGCAAGGUCCCCACAUCUAACCCUACUGGUGCGCAAUUCGCUUCGGCUGGCAACGACGGAGUAAUCCGCCUAUACACCAUACAGGGCCAGAUAGUUGCAGAGCUCCAUGGCCAUGAAAGUUUUAUCUACUCAUUAGAUGCUCUGCCGUCGGGUGAGUUGGUAAGUUCCGGAGAGGACCGCACAGUGAGAAUCUGGAACGGCACGCAGUGUGUGCAAACCAUCACUCAUCCUGCAAUCUCAGUAUGGGGGGUUGCUGCAUGCAAAGAGAACGGCGAUAUUGUCACGGGUGCUAGCGACCGGAUCACUCGAGUUUUCAGUCGGAGCGAAGGACGGGUAGCAAGCGCUGAGGUGGUGGAACAGUUCGAGACGUCUGUUAAAGAAUCAUCGAUCCCUGAGCAGCAGGUAGGCAAAAUCAACAAGGAGAAGUUGCCGGGACCCGAGUUCCUUCAGCAGAAAUCCGGAACAAAAGAUGGUCAGGUGCAAAUGAUCCGACAGAAUGAUGGCAGCGUAACCGCACACACAUGGUCGGUAGCAUCAAGGGAGUGGGUGGCAGUGGGUACGGUUGUUGAUUCUGCUGCCAGCAGUGGAAGAAAGACGGAUUAUCUGGGCCAGGAUUAUGAUUAUGUUUUUGAUGUUGACGUUGAAGAUGGCAAACCGCCCCUCAAGCUGCCGUUCAAUGUCUCUCAGAACCCGUACGAAGCUGCGACGAAAUUUAUCCAGGACAAUGAGUUGCCCAUGAGCUAUCUCGACCAAGUGGCACAAUUUAUUGUCCAGAAUACACAGGGUGCGACUCUUGGCCAGUCCACUCAGGAGUCGACUCCUGCUGGCGCUGACCCAUGGGGCCAGGAGAAUCGUUACCGUCCUGGAGAAGCCUCCACUCCAACUUCGGUUCCUGAACCCCGCCCGAAGGUUCUCCCUCAGAAGUCAUACCUUUCUAUCAAGACCGCCAACUUGAAAGUGAUUGCCAAGAAACUACAAGAAAUUAAUGAACGGCUUGUGUCAUCCGGAUCGAAGGAGCUAUCCCUAAGUCCUCCAGAGGUGGACACAGUGGUCUCAUUGUGUAAUCACCUGGAGUCGCCGGAGAGACUCAAGCAAUUCUCAACUUUGGAGACCGGCCUUGGAUUACUGUUUAAGGUUGCGACGGGCUGGCCUGUGGCACAUAGACUACCAGGUCUGGAUCUCCUUCGUUUAGCUGCGGCUGCAACCCCGGUGACGGCUACCACAAAAUACAACGGCCAAGAUCUCGUAACUGGGGUCCUAUCAAGUGGCACAUUUGAUGCUUCAUCGAAUGUUAACAAUGCAAUGCUUUCAGUUCGAAUGCUGGCCAAUCUCUUUGAAACCGAGCCUGGCCGACAGCUGGCCAUGAGUAGGUUUGAUCAGAUCAUAGCCGCUGUUAAAUCGGCAUUGAACCAUAGUGGUGCUGCACCGAACCGCAAUCUUGCCAUUGCAGUUGCAACCCUUUACAUCAACGCCGCUGUUUACCUGACGUCUGAAGGUAGAGGGACUGCUCCCGAAUCUUCCGAACGGGGUCUGGUGCUUCUUGGAGAAUUAGUACAGAUAAUUGCUGGAGACAAAGACUCUGAAGCAGUAUAUCGGAGCCUUGUCGCGUUAGGCACACUGGUCAUGGGCCUUAGCGAGGAAGUCAAGAGCGCUGCUACAGAUGUGUACGACAUUGGCCAAGUGAUUGGGAACGUGUUGGGCUCUGGUCCAGGGAAGGAACCUAGAAUCAAGGGUGUCAUUGGCGAGAUUAGGGAUUCGUUGCGGUAA